AUGCGUCCGAGGCCUGGCAGGGUUGCGCAGGAUGUUGGAGCCACCCCCGUCGCGUAUGAAUCGCUACGCCCUCAUAGCCUUCGACUGUAUUCGCAACGUGUAUGCGGCAAGGCUGCACUCGGACACCAGAACCUUCUCCUCGAAUGCUCACAACUGCGUGUAACGCUAUUCAAAGGGCGUUUCCAGCGGAACCUGCUCGGGAAGCCCGCUCAACUGUAG